CAUGCAUCCAGUCCUGUCUGUGGUACCUGCUGGCUACUUAACUUAGCAGCCUUACCUAUCAGUCACUUAUGUUUAUGGAAUAAUACAAUGAACGACAGGCAAAAUGAAUUUAUUUAGUUUUCUACUCGAUGCGCAGCUGCGUUUCAAGGAAAAGAUGGACACCGACCAUUCGGUCUUAGUAUUUUAGCUGUUAUAGCGUUUUGCUGAGUCCAUUUUGCGUGUAACUGGAAAAGACAAAGAGAAAAGAGCUUUCCAAUAGCUAGAAUGGUUUGGGCCUAAAAAGAAGACAAGAGCAACAUGAACCGUGAGGACCGGAAUGUGCUCCGAAUGAAAGAAAGAGAAAGGCGAAAUCAAGAAAUCCAGCAGGGAGGAGGAGAGGCCUUUCCAGCAAAUUCACCUCUCUUCCCUGAACCCUACAAAGUGUCCAGCAAGGAAGAUAAACUGUCAAGCCGUAUUCAGAGCAUGCUGGGCAAUUACGACGAGAUGAAAGAGCCGAUUGGUGACACACUUCCUAAGCUUGGCGGUAAACCAUCUAACAGCUCGUCUUCCUCCGAGGAGAAAUCGGGCCCACCUUUGUUUGGCGGGGACCAGCGCGGCGUCGGUAGCGGUGCCAGCAGCCAGAGCAGCAAGUGGACUCCUGUUGGCCCCGCAGCAGGUGGAUCUUCGUCCCAGUCCCAGAAACGCUCAGGACUCCAGGGCGGGCACGGUAGCCAGAGGAGCAGCGGCAGUAGCGGCAGCAGCAGCAGUAGCCAAAGACACGGAGGGGAGGUGCGGGAAAAGAAGUCGAGUAAACACAGCGGGGGGUCUGAGCACUCAAAGUCGCACACAUCGAGUCCGGCUAAGGGCUCGCUGAGUUCCUCCAGCAGCAACAGCCACUUGCGGAGCUCCUUGUCUGCCGAGCAGCAUCACAGCAAGGAGCGCUACCGCUCCAAGUCCCCACGAGACAGAGAGCCCAACUGGGACUCUCCCUCACGGGUUCACACCUCCUUCCCCACUGGACAGCACUCGAGUCAGGCCUUUCCCCCCUCUCUCAUGUCCAAGCCCGGCUCCAUGCUGCAGAAGCCCACAGCGUAUGUGCGGCCUAUGGACGGCCAGGAAACAGCAGAACCCAAGAGCUCACAAGCAGAAAGCUACAGUGGACAGUCGCACAGCAGCACCAUGGGAGAGAUGAAGUCCAACAGCAAGGCCUCACUUUCCAAACUCAAGAUCCCCUCACAGCCCGUAGAGGGAUCUGGUGACGCCAACUGUGUCGAUGAGAUUCUGAAGGAAAUGACUCAGUCUUGGCCCCCUCCGCUGACAGCCAUCCACACCCCCUGCAAAACGGAGCCCUCCAAGUUUCCAUUCCCCACCAAGGACUCUCACCCUUUUCCAAGCGGGCACAAGCGAGGUAGUUCGUCCAAGAGCUCGAGCAGCCACCAGUCCAAAGCUUGCGAUGACCAGCCCACUGUACUGGAAGAUGACCUGAAGCUCAGCAGCAGUGAGGACAGUGAUGGAGAACAGGACUCUGCAAAGAAUGCCUCAAGGAACACUUCCGCAAGCAAUAACAGUGAAGGAGCGGAGCAAUCGAGGGAUGAUUCCAGCAGCCACAGCGGCUCAGAGAGCAGCUCGGGCUCCGACAGCGAGAGUGAAAGCAGCACGACGGACAGCGAAGCCAAUGAGCAACCGCGGCCCGCCUCUCCUGAGCCUGAACAACCUAUGGCCAACAAGUGGCAGCUGGACAACUGGUUCAAGAAGGCCAAGCAGUUCUCUCCAGCUUCUCCAGUGGACAAUGUUCCAACCAAGUGCAAGAAAGAAGGCAGGGAUAAUGGCUCAGGACGUGGCUAUAGUAGCCAGGGAGGGGGUUCAAAAGACUCAGCGGCACCCACCCCAAGCAGGGACCUACGGGCGGCACAAAAGGGUGCGGAGGGUGGCCGUGGUCGGCAAAAAUCCCCCGCCCAGAGUGAGGGUGGCACAAAUCCGCGAAGGAGUGUGGGUAAAAAACAGCCCAAAAAGUCUGAGAAGCCCCCCGUAGUGGAGGAACCCAAGGGAGGACUGAGGGUGGAGAGUGAGCCGGCUCCAGAGAUACCUCCUCAUCGACCUAAAGCUGCUACUAAGGGUUCCCGCAAACCAAGCAUAAAAAAAGAACCUAAAUCCUCUCCGAGGCCCACUGCGGCUGCUGUCACUACGGCAGAUAAACGCAAGGCCAAGGCACCCACCAAGACUUCCCAGAAGUCUCGUGAGUUUGUCGACACAGACUCUUCAUCGUCAGACUCUGAGGGGAAUGACAGCAUCCCGUCCUCGUCGCAGACACCCAAGUACACAGAAAGUAUCAGGACCCCCGUGUGUGUGUUUUCUCCAAUGGAAGAAAAAGAGCUGUUGUCUCCUCUCAGUGACCCUGAGGAGCGCUACCCUACAAGGCAGCCCCAGCACCAGGUUUUACUAGUGAAGAUAGAUCUCAGCUUGCUGUCUAGGAUCCCAGGGCGGCCCUACAAGGAGCCUGCAGAGAUAAAAGUGGAGAGGGACGACUCUCUCGACAGGGACAGUAAAGACUUCAUCAAACAGAGCUCUGAGAAGAGCUCUAGUAAGGCCAAGAGGAAACACAAGAACGAUGAAGAUGGCACAAAGCCAGAGAUCAAGCGUUGCAAGCUAGAGGAGAAGUCCCUAUCUCAUCAUAAAAACAGCAGUAAAGAGUCGAAGAGGUCUAUGGAGAAGAAAGAGGAGCCAGUCCCCUCUCCUUCCAUGUCAGGUCUUCAGCGGACGCCCAAGGCAGAGCAUCCGAGUCGAAAGAGGACAGUCAGCCAGUCCUCCACCUCGUUGUCUAGUGGGACAGGAAGUGGAAAGGAGGGAAGCCACAGCACCAAGGGCAACUCCACCUCCAAACACAGAAAAGGAGAGGACAAGGGGCGUAGCACACGCGACGGCAAGGAGAAAUCCUCAAAGGGCUGCGAUAACCAGCUGGCUGUGCCGCCGCUCUCCACGGACGGCUCCAAGUCUCAGAGAUCCAAGCUGGUGUUUGAGGACAGGGUCCAUUCGGCUGAUCACUACUUACAAGAGGCCAAGAAACUGAAACACAAUGCAGAUGCACUGUUGGACCGUUUUGAGAAGGCGGUGUACUACCUGGACGCUGUGGUGUCUUUCAUUGAAUGUGGCAAUGCUCUGGAGAAGAGCGCUCAAGAAGCAAAGUCUCCCUUCCCCAUGUAUGCUGAAACGGUGGAGCUUAUCAAAUACACUAUGAAGUUAAAAAGCUACCUGGCCCCAGAUGCUACUUCCGCAGACAAGAGGCUAGCUGUGCUUUGCCUCCGAUGCCAGUCUCUCCUCUACUUGCGGUUAUUCAAGCUGAGGAAAGACAGCGCACUAAAAUACUCCAAAACGCUCACCGAACACUUAAAGAAUUCUCUGAGUAACACCCAGGCUCCCUCUCCUGGAAUUGGAAACAAGGCGGGUAUGCCCUCGCCAGUGUCUCCCAAACUGUCUCCGGGCACGGCCGGUAGCUACUCGUCAGUCAGCAGCAGCAGUAGCAGCAGCGCCAGCUCGUCGGUGACCAUACCUCAGCGUAUCCACCAGAUGGCUGCCAGCUACGUCCAGGUCACCUCCAACUUCCUGUACGCCACCGAGGUCUGGGACCAGGCGGAGCAACUAUCCAAGGAGCAGAAAGAAUUCUUCUUGGAGUUGGACAAGGUGAUGGGUCCUCUGAUCUUCAACACCAGCAGCAUGACAGAACUGGUGCGUUACACGCGGCAGGGCCUCCAUUGGCUGCGUCUGGACGCUAAGCUUAUUCCCUAGCAAGGACCCGUUCCCCACUCGCUGCUUACACACGCGCACACACACACACACACCUCCGCUUCUUGAGUUAAGGAUCAUGUGCUCAAAGACAGUCACGCAUGCGCCACAGACAGACACGCAUACAAUGAUGUACUGUAUGCACACACACACACACACACACAGCCCACCUCUGCUCCUCCAUGUACACACACACACACACAUACACACACGUGAUGAACUUCUCAGACAUAUCUCCAACACUGUGUCCAUUUUCUACACCAGCUUGCCAAAAACACUGAGCAACCUAGAGCAUCUCACGCCGUCGACAGCACCACACAGGGAGAAACAUCGAAAACUGCAGCACAGGAACAAAAACAAAAGCUUAUCGCCAUGCUUCAUAUAUCGGCAUUCUUACAAUCUUUGCAAUGUUUCUAUCCAUUUGGCAUGGAAGCGCUGGGUGAACUAUUUGCUAUGAAAAUGUUUAACAACGGGGUUUGGUUUUUAGGCUACUUUGGCUUUUAACUUUUUAUUUGACUUUGUUUCACCAAAGUACCUCCCAUAAACACCAAAGGUGCUUUAAAAUGAAGGUUUAUCUUUAUCAUUUUUGUGCCUUGUAUGUGAGUGACAGGAAAACAAACAGCCACCCGUCAUAUCUGAAUCAUGUUCCCUUUUUGUUUUAACCGAUUUUAUGCAUUUAAAAAAUAUAUAUUUAAGUUAAUGGAAGCUGGCAACAUUCAUGUUUUUGAUUGCAGUCUUUCAGUUUUAAGUCAAGUCCUGUUAACACACUUUAGAGCAAAGAUGGCGUUGGCGACGUCACUCCAUCUGGAUUCAUCUUUCCUGCGGAGUCUCGAGGCGCUAGAGCUUUAAUCUUGGAGCAUGCCCACAAGAUUUAAGAACGGACUGUAGGAAGGGCUACUGUGCACAGCAGAUUAAUACUUCUGACACACACACACAUAUUUAUAAAUGUUCUCUUUAUCGAUCGGCGUAUUCGUUUUUUAAACGGUGUCGUUUUUAUUUUUCUGAAUCACAAACUUCAUUUUAGCCCUGCUAGAAAAUUGAAUGUUGGUCAGUCUGCUCAAACCACUGUGUCCGGUUUAAUGCAAGGAGCAGCAUGGCCUCUAGGUGCCGCUAGCAGGGGCGUUUUAGACUCUUGGCCUUAAUAAAAUUGAUCUCGUCAAUGUUCUCUCUAAGAGAUUUGCUGUAUUUGAAGCUCCAGAAUAUGAGCCUCUCCCUAUGAAAUGUUUUUACACUUGUAGCGACAUUAUUCAUUGAGAAAUUUCCUCGAGGAAGAGUGACUUCCAGACAGUGUUAUUCAUUGUUUUUGAUCCCUUAUUUGCUCAGAGUGUAUUUUUCUAAGGAACAGCAGGGAGUGUCUUAAGUAUUGAAGAUCAUUUCCACACACACACAAUGCAGUUAUUCACAGUGCAGUUUAUAAAACCCGGGGCCUGAGUGACCACUAAUUUGGCACAACAAACGCAAGUUAAUCUGUAAGGAAAUAUUUAGAGAGGCAAACUCGUCAGUGUUGCAUUUAUAGAACAAAGAGUUUUAAAUCUAUCAUUAUAUAUUUCGAAAAUAGAAGUAUAACGGCCAAUAUAGAUUUUAUUUAUAUACCAAGCAGUUUCUUUUUUUUUUUUUUUUUCUUCCUCUGGCCAAGAAGAAGUAUAACUUUUCAAAUGCAUUCUUUUAAUACAGGGUUGAACCAAGGGUUAUGAGAUGCAAAGUAUUUGUUUGUGUAUGUAAUUUUUCCUAUUUAAGUUUGAAUCAUACUUGUAUUACAAGACGGUAGAUGAGAAACGUGUCAUCUAGUUGUGAGGCGGGUAAAGACGACUGAGUUGCAGUGUAUGCUAGCUGUCCAGUAAUGAACAUUUCUCUUAUUUAACAUUGCUGGUUGUCAUCGAGAGAAAUGGGGACGGCAGUGGUUUUUGAAUGAAGAUGUUAACUUUGCGCCCAAUAUUUCAGUUGACAUUUGGGUGUUUUGUUAAUGGUCAAUGACAUGAAGGACUGUGCUUUUUUUUCUGUGUGUGUUUCUUUCAAGCUCACUUCCUCCUAAAACAUGCUGGAAACAUUUAAGCCUGGGUCCAAUAGUAUGGUCACGCUUAUUGGCUAGUUUUGGACGAGUUUGGAAAAGAAGAAAGUGUCAGGCUUGUAACAGUCGGUUACUUUCUGAAUCUUUUCUUUUGUCAAACAUAAUUUUGGUGUUUUGUCACUUCGUCUUACACCUUGUUCAUCUAGAGGUAAAACCAACCGUUAGAAUGUUACUAUUUGACCCAGGUUUGACCUUUUGUUGUAUUUUCUUUCAUUCACUGGCUCCCUGGCCUUAAUUGUUGGAGGGGAUACUGUUAUUUCCUCUGGCACUUGAAAAAGAGAAAGCCAGAGGGUAUUAUUUUAAUCUAUGCAGGAUUUUUACAACAACAACAAAAAAAAAAAAAAAAAAGGAUCCUUCUCUGUGGAAAAACUUUUUGGCUUGGGAUUUUUUUUCCCUGGUUCUUUUUUUCGCCUCAGUGAGAAACCUGUUGAACUCAAGUGUCCAAUGCCUUUAGCUUUUGCAAUUUUGUGUACUGGUUUAGUAUAUAUGUGUAUAUAGAUCUGUUUUUAUAACCAAACACAGAUGGCUUGAGCCAUUUUGUACUUAAAGCUGGAGGCCACUUUUCUCAUGGGGAUUCCUCUGUGGGUUUUGCCAGCCCAGUCAACGUCUUCAUACACUGGUACACUUUGUAAGUACAGGUCCGCGCCUUGUGUUCCCUACACUAUCUUGUAGUCAAAUGUAAAAAAAUUACCAUUAGAUCAAUUUUUAACAGUUUGCUACUCACAUUUAUUUAUUUUUCUGCCCCUUUGCUUGAUUAAUUUUUUUUUUCUUUCUAUUUUGCCAUUUUAAGGAGUUCCAUUUUAUGAAAUGAGGAAGAUGUAAAUGUAUUGGGAUUGUUCAUGAGAUUUCCUUGUAAGUAGUAAUUAAUAUUAAUUCUAACUUGAAAGAAUCCAGGGUAAGAUGAGUUUUCUUUAUUUUUUUUUAUUUUUUUUUUAACAUUCAGUAGGAAGAUGUUAACACUUGCAUGUUUCUAUUUAAAUACAAAUGUAUAAAUUGUAAAUAUAACAUUUCUUUAAGGGUGAAUUUCUACUACAGGUUGACAUUUUUAUUGAAAUUUAAAAAAUGCUGUAAAUACAUUUGUGAGAUACUUUAUGCACAUUUCCCCCCAACCCCCCUCUGUGGGCUUUUAUGUUCUCUUCUUCUUCCAAGCUGUUACAGAGUACAUCCCAGUCUCUUAACACAGUAUAUCAACUUUAUUUCUCAGUCCUUUUCUUACAGUACUCGUAUUCUUUGUCUUCUGCUUCACUGUCUCCCAGUAUCAUGGUCGCCACAUAAUCAUUGUCUCUAGAUCCAAGUGUGAAUAUUUUGUCUUCUCUGUAUUUGAUAUGGAGGCGUGUACUUUUCAUGAAAUGUAUAUUGUUCAUCUCAUGGGAUGGAUGGAUGGUCUGUACAGUCCGUUAUGUAAAACCACAUCUGUUUCCUCCUCACGAGAGAGAGAGAGAGCGAGAGAGAUGGAGAUGUAUUUACUAUGUGUCCCUUUUGAACAAUUGGUCCAACAUGUUUUUUGAAACAGAGGUAUUUCUCUACAGGUCAAAACAGUUGUAGCAGUUUAUACAGUAUGUUGUAUAACAUCUUUUUUCUAAAAGUCGUCUCUAAAGUGAGACCAGCAGCAUACACUAUGUACAAUAGUCUAAAUUGGAUUAGUUUUAAGAGAACUGAUGAUAGAGAUACUAUAUAUGAUGGAUGCAAUAUGAUUAAAGGUACUCCAUUGAGUUUGAUCUUCAAACUUAGGUUAUGUAAUUUAAAGCAUUCUUGUCAAGUGAGUAUUAAUUGUGACUAAUGAGAGUCUGUCCUGAAUAUUCUUUGUAUUUUGCCGUAUUGAGAAUAAAAUAUAUAUGGAUAUGUUUAA